AUGGAUUUUCGUGAUUUUGUAGCAGCAACACCCUUCGCAACCUACAUCUUGCGUCAUCCGCGCGAGGCUCUCUCGAGCUUCGGUCCGACCUUCAACGAGGCCACCUUUGGUCUGCUGGGGGCCUCCUUCAAGCCAGAUCGCGACAUCCGCAAUCUCGAUGGCAAGGUCGUCCUUGUCACCGGCGGUAACUUCCCCCUUGUAUCUACAGCUUCACAGAUGAUUAACGCAAUGGAUCUCGCAGGCAACGCCGGUAUAGGUAAGGAAACCAUCCUCCAACUCGCCAAGCACCGCCCAUCGCGAAUCUACAUGGCCGCCCGCACCGAAAGCAAAGCGCGUGAGUCAAUCGAGUCCCUCCAAGGCCAGUUGUCUUCUCCAGCGGAUAUUCGCUACCUACCUCUCGACCUCUCCUCCUUCAAGUCGAUCCGCGCCGCCGCAGAGAUGUUCCAGGCCGAUAGCGGUCGCUUGGAUAUACUCAUCCUUAAUGCGGGGACCAUGGGGAACCCGCCUGUCAAGACGAAGGAGGGUUUCGAAAUUCAGCUCGGUACGAAUCAUAUCGGUCACUUCCUGUUGACUAAGUUGCUGUUGCCGACGCUCCAGAAAACCGUUGAUCAUGACCGCGCCAAGGGUGAUACCCCCGAUGUGCGGGUUGUAACUGUGGCCUCGGCGGCUCAUGUGGUCGGGCCGUCGACGUUUGAGGAAAUGACAUCGACUCCUGGAUUGUUGGCUAGCAGCACUUGGACCCGCUAUGGAGCUUCCAAGUCGGCUAAUAUUUUGUUUGCGGCUGAGCUGGCCCGUCGGCAUCCUGAUAUCUUGUCUGUUGCUGUGCAUCCCGGCGCAGUUGAUAGUGGACUUUAUGGACACACCAAGGAUCUUAGUUGGAUGAUGAAGUACAGUGUGACUGUUACUGGCUCUAUGUUCUUCCGGACUGUCACCACGGGUGCGCUUAAUUCUCUCUGGGCGGCUGGUACACAGAAAGACAAGCUGGUCAACGGUGCUUACUACGCCCCCAUUGGAUAUCGCUGCGGUGGCACUGCCUUUGUUCAGAAUGCGGAGGUUGCUCGCAAGCUCUGGGAUUGGACCGAGGCCCAGGUUUCCACGUACUACUAA